AUGAUUCUUUUAGUUGAUAUUAGAAAUGUUUAUAAAUGUCUAAGAAUAAUUUCAAGAGAAAACCCUAAAGAAAGUUUCUACUUUGUUACUUUUCAUCAUAAUUUAUUCAGUUUUUCUAAAAUGAAGAGAAAUUUACGUUAUCUGUACAAUGUUAAUGAAAAAACUAAACAAAAAAUACCAAAUGUUACUUCUAAUAAAUGUAAGUUAAAUUGGUAUAACAGUGAAGUUUUUAGUGUCCCAAUGAAAUUACAUAAUUGA